AUGCCAAUCCAGUGGUCGCCUGCACGCAACGCAGACGGGAGUCUUCAGAUUCUGCAGGGAGAAAGGGGCGACGAAGAGGUGAUCGCGUACCGGGAAGAUGACGUCACCCUCCUUCUGAAGAACGAUUCCUUUGGCGCGGGCACGCUGUACGUGACCUCGAAGCGCGUCGCGUGGCUGGCGGAGCCUGGAGCAGCCAGCGGCGCUUCCGCGGAGGCGAAGGACAUCUCCAUCGACUAUCCCUCCAUCGUGCUUCACGCUCUCUCUCGAGACCCAAACAGCGGCCAUCCGCCAUGCAUCUACUGUCAACUCAAGAGCGACGCGGAGGAGGAGGAUGAGGACUACGUCAUCCCAGAAAUGCGUCUCGUCUCUGCGUCUCCCGAGAAGCUGGACACGAUCUUUAAGGUCAUGUCGGAGAUGGCGGCGCUGAACCCCGAUCCCGACGCGGACGAUGGAGAAGACGACGACGACGACGAUUUCAUCAUCGACGCCGACGGACUCCGCGGCGGCGUGCCGCCAGGUUGGGAGUUCGUUGAGGAGGCGCAAGACGGCGCCCCGGGCGAUGACGGCGAGAACGGCGAUACAAAAGAUGCGACGAUGACGCACUAG